AACCUUCUCUCACUUGAUCGUUCUCUGCAAAGCCCCAAAUUUGAACAACAAUUAUCUCAAGAUGGGAACUCCGGAGACCGCUCGUGAACCCUGCCCGGAUCGUAUUCUGGAUGACAUCGGUGGUGCGUUCGGGAUGGGGGCGGUCGGCGGCUCGCUAUUCCACUUCCUGAAGGGCGCCUACAACUCACCCGGUGGCUCGCGCUUCCUUGGCGGCUCUCAGGCCGUCCGCAUGAACGCGCCGCGGGUAGGCGGCAGCUUUGCUGUCUGGGGUGGCCUGUUUUCUGUGUUCGACUGCUCCAUGGUCUACCUCCGCCAGAAGGAGGAUCCCUGGAACUCAAUAAUCGCUGGAGCCGCAACAGGUGGCUUCCUCUCGAUGCGCCAAGGCCUUGGUGCUUCGGGACGGUCCGCCCUCGUCGGCGGAGUCCUCCUUGCUCUCAUCGAAGGAGCAGGCAUCAUGCUCAACAAGGCCUUUUCUGAACAACAGAAUGUUCCAAUCAUGAUCGAGGAGCCUGCCUCUGCCCCUGCCUCCAUGGGCCUUCCUGGUGGGGAUUCUGGCCAGCCCGUUCCUGACCCCUCUUCUCCUAAUUCCAGUUCCAGUUCGUGGUUUGGAGGGUGGUUUGGUGGAGAGAAGAAGAAAGAAGAGGCGGGUAGUGGCGGAAUAAAGACGGUGAUUUUGGAGAGCUUUGAUGCCCCACCUGUGCCGAGUUUUGAAUUCAAGUAAUUUAUGAGGUUUUAAAGAGUAAAGCUUUUUACAUUCAUUUUUUAACUUAAAUUUGAAAACAUGAAGCUUCCUGCUAAACCAUUAUUUAGAAUGCUAUAUGGAUUUAUAGGUUAUUCCUCAUUGUUUUGUUUCAGUAAUUUUUGGAAUGUAUUGCUACCAUUAUAUUAUGUAUAGCUAUGCAUUUGAGACUGCUUGUAUUUUUUAGCUUUAAAGCACAAUGUUGUCUAUGGAAUUUUAGCAUUUGAUGUAGCUUUCUUGCCUGUUAUUAUCUGUUGCAACUCUGCCUUUGUUAACCUCAGCUGCCUUGGUCAUCUAUUCUAAAUUUGUAAGCAUCGUUGCAGAAACUCUUUAGUGGAAUGAAGUUUGUAAUCAUUAGAUAUUCAUCCUUUACAGAUAUCCUUGCGUAAAAGUUUGAAUCCAGCUCCUGGAUUUGGUGAUUUGCAUUUACUGAAUUAGCAAGAAAUAGAGAUUUUUGAG